CUCUUAUAUACGGAGAUAAGAGAUAAUAAAGUAAAUUGAAGCGAUUUGUAAUUGUUUAUUAGAAAAUGGUUAAUUUCCGAUGUGGGAACACAUUUUUGUUGCAAACUAAAAAUUGUGUCUUUAGAAAUGCUUGUUUAUAUUCCACAAAAAAAGAAGAUCUUCUGCAAACAAAGCUUUAUGAUUUCCAUAUAAAAAAUGGUGGGAAAAUGGUACCUUUUGCUGGAUGGCUAAUGCCUGUUCAAUAUAGUGAUCAAGGAAUUAUACAAUCUCACCUACAUACUAGAAAAAAGGCUUCUUUAUUUGAUGUUUCACAUAUGUUACAAUUUAAUAUUCAUGGCAGGGAUAGAGUAAAAUUCCUUGAAGAGUUAGUAGUUGCCGAUAUUAAAAACAUGAGUGAAAAUGCUGGUGGUUUAUCUUUGUUUAUGAAUGCUAAAGGUGGUAUAAUCGAUGAUUGCAUAAUAAAUAAUGCUGGUGAUCAUAUAUAUGUUGUUUCCAAUGCUGGUUGUGCAUAUAAGAUUAAACCACUUAUUGAGAUGCAAUUUUUACAUCGCAAAACUGAACUUGACAUUGAUAUUGAGUUUUUAAAUAAAUCUUUGCUUGCCAUACAAGGUCCAACUGCAAAGUUAGCUUUACAAGAAGGAGUGUCAAAAGAUUUAUCUAGAUUGAAGUUUAUGCAUGGACAAACUAUGAAUGUUUUUGGUGUUGAAGGAUGUCGUGUAACUCGAUGUGGCUAUACUGGAGAAGAUGGUUUUGAGGUCUCUAUUCCAUCCGAAAAAGUAGAGAAUAUAGCUGACAAUCUACUUGGCAUAAAAACCGCAGAUGUAAAACUUGCUGGUUUAGGAGCUAGAGACACUUUACGUUUAGAAGCAGGUCUUUGUUUGUAUGGAAAUGAUAUCAGUGAAGAAACAACUCCAAUUGAAGCUGGUCUUAUGUGGACAAUUGGAAAACAAAGAAUGGAAGCAAGAGAUUUUCCAGGUGCUGAUAUUGUAUUAAAUCAAAUUAAAAACAAGCCAGAAAUAAAAAGAGUUGGACUUAUUGCGCAUGGACCACCUGCAAGAGGUCACACGCCUGUUAUGGAUUUACAUGGCAAUAAAAUAGGUGAAGUAACAAGCGGUUGUCCGUCUCCAUCAUUACAGCAGAAUAUUGCAAUGGCUUAUGUACCAACUGCUUUGUCUAAGAUUUCUACCAAACUUCAGUUACAACGAGGGUCGAAAUACUUUCAAUGCGAAGUCGUCAAGCUGCCAUUUGUUCCUACCAAGUAUUUUGUAUAAUUUUUUUAAGAAUUGAUAAUUAAAUUAUCAUAAAUAUCUAAGGGCUAUCAGGUUAUUAGAAUAAAGAAAGAGUGAAUCGGAUAAUGGUCAUUUAUACAUUAAUGUAAAAUAGAUUUUUUUAUAAAUGAAAAAGUAUUUUUAAUUACGUUUUUAUUGUUUGUUUUUUUCUAAUUGUUUUGUAAAUUUUUUUUAUAUUAGUUUUAAGCAUACUUUCUUGCACAUGAUUUUUAUAAUAAUACGCUUCAGUCUGAAAUUAGAAAAACCUGAUAUAAAUAAAAACUUCAGUAUUUGAUUGCUAUGUCGAUUUCUGGAGUGUUUUAGAUUCCAUCAAAUUUUAAUUUGAAUACUCGAAAGUGAUUAUAAAUAAAUGGCAAUAUAAUAACUGUAAUAAACGGUAUGUAACUAAAUUAUGUCAAGAGGUACUGUCAAAUGUUAAUAAAAUGGGGCAUUUA